UGCCUCUUAUUUCCGCUAUCAGCGCGCAUGCGUCGGGGAAGAGGAGGAGGAGGAGGAUGCUGUCAGUCCGACACAAGUCCCCAUGACGCGGUAGCAGCAGACAGCUGGAGGAGCUCAGUUUCUAGGUAAAAAUGGCAGUGGAGAAACGCUUGGCAUUCUCUAUUGUGCAGUUCCUACGAGAUCAAACACAUUGCGGUGCUUUGAAUUCGGAUGAGCAGGAGAGCCUCGAAGUUGCGAUACAGUGUUUAGAGACCACCUUCAAGAUCAGCUCCAGUGACUGCCAUCUCGCUGUGCCACAGCCUCUGACAGAGAUAUUCCUCAAUUCCCUGCUCAAGAAUGACAACCUAACCAUACCAGAGACCUCCCCACCUCCUGAAGACAUUGAGCGAGCAGAGCAACUUAAGAAUGAAGGGAACAAUCACAUGAAGGAGGAGAACUACAGAUGUGCAGUGGAGUGCUACACAAAGGCCAUUGAUCUGGACCUGAGAAACGCUGUGUACUACUGCAAUAGGGCCGCAGCUCACAGUAAACUGGGAAAUUAUACAGAGGCAACUGGUGAUUGCGAGAGAGCCAUUGGGAUUGAUCCUAACUACAGUAAAGCUUAUGGACGGAUGGGGUUGGCUUUGGCAGCCAUGAACAAGUACCCAGAGGCAAUUUCCUACUUUAAGAAAGCUUUGGUUUUAGACCCUGAGAAUGAUACCUACAAAUCCAACCUGAAGAUUGCAGAGCAGAAACAAAAAGAAGCAACCAGCCCAAUAGCUGCUGGAUUGGGAUUUGACAUGGCUAGUUUAAUCAACAACCCCGCCUUCAUUAGCAUGGCUGCAAGUGUGAUGCAGAACCAACAAGUACAACAGCUUAUGUCAGGAAUGAUGUCCAAUGCCGUCGGGGGUCCUGCAGCGGGAGUGGGCGGACUGUCAGACAUUUCCAGCUUGAUCGAAGCGGGACAACAGUUUGCCCAGCAGAUCCAGCAGCAGAACCCAGAGCUGAUCGAGCAGUUAAGAAACCACAUCCGGAGCCGCUCGUUCAGCGGCAGCGCCGAGGAACACUCAUGAUCUGCUCAGCCUCAUGAUUUUUUUUUUUCCAAGGAAAGGCAACCAUAUGGCGCGAUUACAAUCUCUACACCCAUUUCUUAAAGUCCCCGGCAGAGCUGGAAUGAAGAGACAAGGAUGGGGUCGAAGGCACUUUACUAACACUAAAGGCUCUGGAGUGGAGAGAUGAGGGCCUGGAGACUGGACCAUGAAAUGAAGCAUCCCACACAUUUAGGGCAAAACAUACUGUAAACACCUAAUCAUAAAAAAAAAAAGCCAAGAACACGUAUUCUUUCAGCCUAUUGACAGAACAUGAGUAAAUUCUUUCUUCAGAGCUUUUACUGCAGAGUUCGUGUUUAAAUGUGCUGAAAAUGUGCCCUCUUCAUGUUAUGCGUUAGGGAUCCUUCUGUCUCGUCGUGAUAAAUAGAGGGUGAGGGAGGAAUGUACUUUUACAGCAUCGCAGGGAACAUUUCAGCUUUUUCUCAUACGUCACACAUAGGACAUCAGGUUUACCUUGUUUAUAUUUACAUCUUGUUUAAUAUUAUUUUUGUAGACAGAACACGCUCUUACUUGUUUACUGGGUGAUAAAAACCAUUCAGUCCUUGAUCAUGUGGGGACUCACAUCACUGCUUUUCAAUGAGUACUACUUAACUUUUGAUUAAGACAACUGUGGAAUUGUAUAGCAGUGUUCGCAGCCUGCAUUAUGUUGUAAUUGCACUUUAGCAAAAAUAACUGCCCUACCCUCCCCCCACACUUUAAGCCUGUUUAAUUGUUCAUUAACCAGUAAAGACAUAUUCAGAUUGUUCAUUUUGCAUGCUCUUAAAUCUGGUAUUUGAGAUCAGAUGCUUUAGGGAAACAAAUAGGUAUGCUAGGGCAGCACAAUGUUUGG